AUGGGACGCCCUGGCAACUCCAGGUUUGCCGGGAAGAAGUGGGCUCUGUGGCCCCGUCUGGGUGUCUUACCCACAGAAAGCAGCCUCCAAGUCCUCAUGCGCCAGAUCGAGGUCUCCCGCGGGGAGGCCAUGCCGCCCAGCCGGCUGCCCCCCAGCAUGCUGCCCCUCAUGUGGCAGCUCUACCCUGGCAGGCGGUACCGCGCCUCCGACUCCAGCUUCUGGCGCAUCGUGUACCACAUCGAGAUCAAUGGCGUCGAGGACAUGGUCCUUGAGCAGCUGCCAGACCCAUAGUACAAGCCACGCGUGGUCCUGCGGUUCCUGUUCCUGUGCCCGGAGCCGCAGUCCCGCUGGCCUGCAGUGGAGAUGUCCAUGCUUCUG